AUCGUUUCCGGUGAAAUUGCGUAAUUCGUGUCUGGCGCGGGUAAUUCAGUUCGCCAAGAACAAUGGACAGAGUCGUUAUUUUGAUUGAUAUGGAUUGUUUCUACGUUCAAGUAGAACAAAGACGCAAUCCAACCCUAAAAGGAAAGCCUGCUGCUGUUGUCCAGUACAAUUCAUGGAAGGGUGGAGCCAUAAUUGCAGUAAGUUACGAAGCCAGGGCGUUUGGUGUGACCCGUCAGAUGCGAGGUGCUGAAGCUAGAGGGAAAUGCCCCGCCAUUCAACUUGUCACGGUGCCUGAGAACAGAGGAAAGGCUGACCUUACAAGAUACAGAGAAGCAGGAGCAGAGGUGAUCACAGUGCUAUGUAAGUACAGCGAUAGUGUGGAAAGGGCCAGCGUAGACGAGGCCUAUGUGGAUGUCACGGACCAGGUCCAGACCAGGUUGGCCCAGAUGGAGGACCAAGGCCAGGUCCUGGAUCCCGAGCAGCUGCAUCAGACGUUCAUCGCUGGUCAUGAUGUUGCCGAAGAGGGCGUUGAUAUAGAAGAUGUACGGAAGAGAGGAUUAGAGACUUGGCUAACAUCAUCAGACCUAGCAACAAAGAGACUUGGUGUUGGAGCUUUGAUUGCAGAGGAGAUGAGGGCAGCGGUUUUCAAAGAUACAGGAUUCCGAUGUUCUGCUGGCAUAUCUCAUAACAAGAUGCUAGCAAAAAUCGCAUGUGGAUUCCACAAACCCAACCGUCAAUCAGUCCUGCCGCCAGAAGGUUUGGAUAAGGUCUACAAGACUAUUCCUAUCAGAAAGUUUCGUAAUCUUGGUGGGAAACUUGGUCACUCUAUAUCUGAAGAUCUAGGGGUGGAAUAUAUGGGUGAUCUACUGCGCUACACUGAGAAACAGUUACAGAAGAGAUAUAGUGAAAAAACAGGUACCUGGUUGUACAGUAUAUGUCGAGGAAUAGAUGAUGAGCCUGUGAGACCUCGUCAGCUAGCUAAGUCUACUGGAUGCAGCAAGACCUUUCCUGGCAAGAAUGCACUGGAUACAAGAGACAAGGUCAAACAUUGGUUUCGGUCUCUGGCAGAGGAAGUUGAACAUAGAUUACUGAGAGAAGAAGAAACGAACAACCGAACAGCCAAGCACCUGACGGUGUCCGUAGGUCAGGCCGGUAAACCUCUGAUGACUACAGCCAGCAGGUCCUGUGCUAUCCAUCAGAUUAGCAGUGAGAAGAUAGCCAAAGACUGCUUCAGUGUGAUUCAGAACCUUAAUCAUGCUGGCAAUCAUCAGGCUGCCUGGUCUCCUGCCAUUACAUAUCUUGGUAUAUCAGCUUCUAAGUUUGUGGAAGGAGGAAGCUCCAAAUUAGGUUCCAUCCAAAGCUUCUUAUCCUCCGGGCCUAGCAAGCCAGCGACAGCACUUCUAAAGGAAGACCAACAAGAAGGACUAGGUCCAGAGAUGGCACAGGACCAGACGUCAAGGAGAACCCUUGAUAGAUUCCUCACUCAGCCUAGCAAAGAACCAAAGCAGGAGACCGUGGACCAGCAGACUGGUGCUGGGUCUUCAAGAGAGCCACAAGAGAGACGGAAAUCAAGCCCCAAAGAUCAGGGUAUCCGGACGUUUUUCUCCCAGAGGAAAAGUUAUGAUGAUACGAUUGAUCCAAAGGGUUCCGCUUCUCACUCUGUGGCAUCACAUCCUAGCACUGUGGCUUCUGUAGAGAGAGACAAAGGAGAUGUGAGGCAAGAGUCAAACGCCACAGAAGACCUUUUAAGAAUGGCUCAGGAUGGGAGUGGCAAUGCUGAACCUCAGAGGGCAGGAUUGGGUCAAAGUCAGUCGUUCUUUGCCAGAUUACAACAGAAGAAGGACAGAGAGAUUCAGGAUAAAAAGAGCCAAACCUUGAGAUUAGGUCAGUCAAGCACGACUGCUGCAGCAGUAGGUCAUCUCGCAUCUCGUCUAGAAACAAACGUGACUGAAAAUGGAGCUGGUGCCCUCGAUCACAUAGAGGAGGAGGUUGAUGGAGAUGUCAAUCUGUUUCCUGAAAUGUCAAGUGACGAGGACUUUGAGGAUUCCCGUGCCUCAUCUUCAAAAGGAAGAGGGUCGCCUUCAUGUGCAUCAGAGCAUACAAGUGGACAUCAUGUGAGUGAUGAAACAGGGAAGGAAAAACAAAAGAUAGCAAAGAAAUUAGGACAGCACAAGGACUCUACUCCGGUUGAGGCCGGACCGUCUAGAGUACCAGGUGAAGAUGAGAUUCUCUGCGAGAAAUGCCAGCAAAUCAUUUCAGUCUGGGACUAUCCUGAGCACCUGGACUUCCAUGUGGCCUUAGAACUCCAGGAACAGGACAGAGCUGAGGCCAAAAACACAGGACCAAGACCAGGUCAAUCUAAUACAACUAAUGGGAAUAAGCCCAAGUCAGCACCCACGAUCAAAGUCGGGAAGAAGAGAGGAAGGCCACCUGGGUCAACCACCAAGAAUAAGAAGACCAAGCAGGGCGGAGAAGCUCAGGGAAGUGGACCAGGGAGCAGUAGCCUACAUAGCUUUUUCAAACCAAAAUGAAGAUCCACUUAUAUACACUUUGUAGAAACAGUCAUGUCAAUCAUGUGGAUAUUCACCAACUGCCAUUGAACUACUUUCAUAGUGGUGCAGGGAGAUACUAUCAAAGAAGCUGAAAUUAACUUUUGAAUGAUGGUAUAAUUUGAUUUGAGACUGCCACAAUUUGAAUCUUGAUUACUCAAAUGUAUUUCAAAUGAAAUUGUAUACGCUCGAGGGUUAGCAACCAAAGAACCAAUGGGAUAUUUUAGUUGAGGAAUAGUUAAUAAGCCAAUGUGGUUUGGAACCUGGUACAUACACUUGCGUGGCAAAAAAAA